UGCUAGUUCCGGCUCACGCGGGGGUAGAGUGAGUGAACUGUCGGUCAUGAUGCUGGAGAGGAGCAGUCUGGUGACCGUGGUGGCAGAUCUCUUCUUCCGCAGGAGACAUUGGCCUGAGGAGGAGACGAUCCACUGUCUCUGUUCCAGAGCCUUCGUACAGGACCGAGACCUUUACCGCUCUGAUAACAGACUGCUGAGCUUUGAACUAGCGGAGACUGCUGUGCAAGAGGCAGACGAUGAUGACCAGGAAGAAGAGGAAGAGGAGGAGGUUCUGGAUGAAGAGGAGCAACUAAUGGCCAGCAUGGGUCUGCCUCUGGCCUUCAGCAGCUCCUCUGACCAGAGGAGAGCAGUGAGGAGGUCUGACAGGAAACCUGCCACAUACAUGGUAGAACAAGCUGAGGAAGAGGAAGUAGAGCUACAGGUUGAAAACAAAGUUAAUGAGAGACAAGUGUGCGAUUCACAUGAGGAAGGAGCAGGAGGGAUCCAAGAUGCUGGCUGGGCAACUUACUGGGCUCAACAGGGUGAAGCUCUGCUGUGGAGCAGCUGGCUAGAGAAACAUCCAGAGAGUGAGCUGCUCUCUACAGAAGACCAAGGAACAGUGACUGCUCCUUGGGACAACCCAGAAACAAAAGCUGUGUGGGACGAACAUGCUGCAGACACCCACUCCUCCUACUGGGUGCAGUAUUCCUACUGGGCGGGGCAGGGCUGGACCACUGACCAAUCCGUCUGUAAUGGGAACACUGGUGGAGAAGCAACGGCAGAGGUGAUGGACACAGGUUUAGAGAUACACUCAGCAGAGUGGAAGGAGAGACAGACUGGAGAUGAGAGCCAACGUAGAGAAGAAGUGAAAGCCCUUCAUGAUGAUGUUGAGGUUUUGAAAUACCUGCUUGACCAGAAAUGCACAUUAGAGACAAAUGGGAGCUCAGUGAGGGACUCCGAGAUACACAGAGACUUUAUGAAUGUGUCUGAUACCAGAGAGCAGUCAGAAGAUCAGCUCUGUGGCUCUGACAAUCCUUCUGAUGGUGGGAAUCAACGUAAAAGACCUGCUGCAUCCUCUCAGCAGAACACAGCCAAACAGACAGAUUCCAAGCAAGUUGUUAGCAGCCCUGACCAACAGCAUGGCUCAAGGAAUAAGAUGUCAAAUAGAGAAGAUGGCGACGAUGACGACAAACCCCCUGAAGAAGGACAUGCCAAAGUCAAACGCAGUCAUGAGCUGGAUGUUGAGGAGAACCCUGACCUGACACCCAAGGAGGCUUGGUGUAAACUGGGACUCAAAAACAGUUUGGCGCCCCAGUUCAACAGUGUGUUUAGCUAUAAAGGCGGCGCUGGUCAGAAGCCUCAGAGGUGGACUAAGAAAGAGGUUUGCAGUGUCAACAAACACACCAAGUUCUCAGAAACAGGAAGAGACAACACAAGUCCACCAAUCUGCUCCGCCCUCUUCAAGGUCCAAAACUUCCUUAAACACCAGAGAGAGACACAGUGUGAGAUGGGAGAAGGAAGUUCACAAGAACCUGAGGACAAUCAUCAAUCUCUGGGAGAAGAGAAGAAGAGGAUGAAGAAAGAGAUGAAAAGUACCGACGAAGAAAAUAAGGAGGAGUUGGAAAAGGAGAGUUCUUGUUCUGUAUCCAGUUCGGAUGCAGACAGGAGGAAGGACACAGUGGAUAGUGAGGAGGAGGAGCCUGGGAGACAGUUAGUAUAUCCAAAAGUCCCAGACUUUCUCCUGUCUAAGGCGUCUGAAGAUAACAGGGAGUUGAGUAAAAAGAAACAGAAGAAGAAGAAGAGGAAGCGUAGGAAGAAGCAGCAGGUCCCAGCAGACAUGGUAACUGAACCUGAGCUGGCGAAAUACUGGGCUCAACGCUACAGACUUUUCUCUCGCUUUGAUGAAGGGAUCAGACUGGACCGAGAGGGCUGGUUCUCUGUGACACCAGAGAGGAUCGCUGAGCAUAUCGCCCUCAGGGUACAGCAGAGCUUCUGUGACUCUCAGCUGAUUAUAGAUGCCUUUUGUGGUGUGGGAGGAAACGCCAUUCAAUUUGCGCUCACUGGAAAGAGAGUCCUGGCUAUAGAUAUUGACCCUGUGCGCUUAAGCUUGGCUCACCACAAUGCUACAGUUUAUGGCGUGGAAAACCAAAUUGACUUCCUCCAAGGGGACUUCCUCCAGCUAGCAUCCCAUCUAUGCGGCGAUGUGGUCUUCCUGUCACCACCGUGGGGAGGACCAAACUACCUAACUGCUGAUGUGUUUGACAUCGGGACCAUGAUGCAGCCUGAUGGAUUUGAGAUUUUCCGCCUGGCCAAACUGAUAUCAGACAACAUAGUAUACUUCCUGCCUCGAAAUGCUGAUAUGGAUCAGGUGAAGCAUGCACUGACUGACCUUAAUCCCCAGCAAGAACAAGAAAUCCAGAAACCUCAGGAAGAUCUGCAUGUGAGGAUUCCUUCUCACAGGACUGAGAAGUUUUUAUCCAAAGCAGCUUACAAUUAUUGCAUUAAACCAGAAACCCAGAGUAGCAAGAAUCAAGUAAGUACAAUUUGCUUCAAAAAAGCCAAACUACAAGUGCUACAUGUAUGUGCCUUAUAAAUGCAUAGAUGAAAAAGUGACGUAGGUUCUGCUGACCUGAUGUCAAUGGGGAGCUUGUUCCACCAUUUUGGAGCCAGGACAGCAAAGAUUCGUGAUUCGCAGUGAGGAGCAGCAAUCUGAUUGGCAGAUGCUGAGGUGCAAGGUUUAACCAUGUCCUGGAUGUAGACUGGACCAGAUCCAUUCACAGCACGGUACACAAGUACUAGUGUUUUAAAAUGCUGAAGACACUGGUAACCAGUGAAGGGAGCAGAGGAGCAGAGUAGUGUGAGUAAACUUAGGUUGGUUGAAGACCAGUCGAGCUGCUCCAUUGUGGAUGAGCUGCAGGGAUCGGAUGGCACUAGCAGGUAGACAAGCCAGGAGGGGGUUGCACUAGUCUAGGUGUGAGAUGACCAGAGCCUGGACCAGAACCUGCAUCGCCUUCUGAUGUUGUGCAGCAUGUACAGUAUCUACAGGAACUGGUUGUUGCAGUACCAAAGUUAACCAUGGUGUUCCACAGGGCUCUGUGCUUGGCCCAAUUUUAUUCUCAUUAUAUAUGCUUCCACUAGGAAACAUUAUCAGGACACACUCUGUAAAUUUCCACUACUAUGCGGAUGACACCCAGUUAUACUUGUCAAUAAAACCUGAACAAAGUAAUCAAUUAACUAAACUUCGAGCAUGUCUCAAGGAUAUAAAAACCUGGAUGACCCGCAAUUGUCUCUUAUUAAACUCAGAUAAAACAGAGGUUAUAAUACUUGGCCCUAAACACCUUAAAGAUACAUUAUCUCAUGAUAUAGCUGCACUAGACGACAUUGCCCUUGCUUCCAAUGAAACAGUCAGGAAGUUGGGAGUGAUCUUUGAUCCUGAUUUGUCCUUUUAUUCACACCCACAACAAAUUCCUAGGACAGCCUUUUUCCAAUUGCGUAAUAUCUCAAAAAUUAGACAUGUCCUUUCGCAAAAAGAUGCAGAAAAACUAGUCCACGCCUUUGUUACAUCGAGACUGGACUAUUGUAAUUCAUUAUUAUCAGGCUCCAGCAGUAAGUCGUUAAAGACUCUACAGCUUGUCCAAAAUGCCGCAGCACGUGUCCUGACGAGAACAAAGAGAAGAGAGCACAUUUCUCCAGUAUUAGCAUCGCUACACCGGCUUCCAGUUAAAUCUAGAAAAGAUUUUAAAAUUCUCCUCCUCACCAUCAAGGCUAUUAAUAAUAUUGCACCUUUUUACCUUAAGAGCUGUUAGUACCUUAUCAACCCACUAGAUCCCUCCGCUCCCAGAAUUCAGGCUUACUUGUCGUCCCUAAAGUCUCUAAAAGUAGAGUAGGAGCCAGAGCUUUUAGCCAUCAAGCCCCUCUGCUGUGGAAUAAUCGACCACUUUCAGUUCGGGAGGCAGACACCAUCUGUUCGUUUAAGAGUAGGCUUAAAACCGUCCUUUUUGAUAAAGCUUAUAGUUAGAGCUAAUUAGUGCGCCAGAACAUUACUUGUUCUAUUUUAUGACACAUGAGACACGGAGCUUCUCUUUCCAGCUUCUCCUUCCUCUUCUCCAUCCCUAUCCCCCUUCCCCGGAAUCCCUUUGCUUUAUCACCCGCAGAUCCAGGGCCUCUGUGGCCGCACCAUGGAUUACGGUUUGUGGGUCGCGCACCGGGGGUCGCGGUGUUGGAUCCAGUGUGGCGGAUUCUGAGUCAUGUGGGCUGAUCGUGGUGCUGGUGGCGGACCCUGUGUCGCGUUGGCAUUGGGCACGGGCGGUGGACCAGGACCGCAGUGGUGGCUUGUGAUGGGUCCUCCUGGUGGGCGGCGGUGGACGGUGACUGAGGACUGAAGUGGCGUCUGGUCUGGAUGGUGGAUCGUGGUCUAGAUGGUUGCUGAGCAUGGACUGUGCUUCAUCAAUGCUGCUAGAGACUUUGAUUAUUGAUGAUGUUCUCCUGCACGUGGCAUCUAUUGCACUUCUGUCCGUCCUGGGAGAGGGAUCCCUCACAUGUGGCUCUCUCUGAGGUUUCUACAUAUUUUGACCCUGCUAAAAGGUUUUUUUGUAGUUUUUCCUUACUCUUGCUGAGGGUUAAGGACAGAGGAUGUCACACCCUGUUUAAGCCCUAUGAGAUGAAUUGUAAUUUGUGAAUAUGGGCUAUACAAAUAAAAUUUGAUUGAUUGAUUGAU